CAUGAAUCGGGUUUAAUUACAACCAAAGAAAACAACAAACUACCGUAAACCACCACCUCACAGUGUCCCUUCAAUUUCGAAUCUCACUCAUCACCACCACUAUAUCACCUUCCACCACCCUAUUCCCACACCCUCACACCACCACUCUCUUUCUCUCUCUAGACUCCCCCAACCUGAAAAUGGAGGGAACGCAUGAAGACGUAGGCAGCUUCGUCGGAAACAAGGACGCCACCCUGGGCCGCCACCUUGCCCGGCGUCUCGUGGAGGUUGGCAUCACUGAUAUCUUCACAGUUCCCGGUGAUUUCAACCUCACCCUCCUCGACCACCUCAUCGCAGAACCCCGCCUGAAAAACGUUGGAUGCUGCAAUGAGCUGAAUGCAGGGUACGCCGCAGACGGGUACGCCCGGUCCCGCGGUGCUGCCGCCUGUGCGGUGACUUUCACCGUCGGUGGUUUGAGCGUCCUUAACGCAAUCGCAGGUGCUAACAGCGAGAAUCUUCCAGUUAUCUGUAUCGUGGGUGGACCAAAUUCUAAUGAUUUUGGAACUAAUCGGAUCCUCCAUCAUACGAUCGGAAUCCCGGAUUUCAGCCAGGAGUACAGGUGUUUCCAGACGAUUACUUGCUUUCAGGCAGUGAUUAGUCAUUUGGAAGAUGCUCAUGAACAAAUCGAUAGGGCCAUCUCCACCGCUAUCAAAGAAAGCAAACCGGUUUAUAUCAGUGUCAGUUGCAACCUGCCCGGCAUUCCUCAUUCCACCUUUUGCGAGGAGCCCAUCCCCUUCUCCCUCUUUCAACGGACGAGUAACCCGGCAGGAUUAGAACAAGCAGUGAAAGCGGCCGCCGAAUUCCUCGACAAUGCUGUUAAGCCAGUAUUGGUCGGCGGUCCAAAACUACGUGUGGCAAAGGCUCAACAAGCCUUUGUCGAAUUUGCAGACGCAAGUGGAUACGCGCUUGCCUUAAUGCCCUCGGGUAAAGGAAUGGUACCCGAGACCCACGAGCAUUUUAUGGGGACCUACUGGGGUGCAGUCAGUACUUCCUUCUGUGCGGAAAUUGUCGAGUCCGCUGACGCGUAUCUUUUCGCGGGACCCAUUUUCAAUGACUAUAGUUCGGUCGGCUACUCUUUACUGCUUAAAAAAGAAAAAGCAGUAAUCGUGCAGCCGGACCGUGUGGUGGUUGGAAACGGUCCGGCUUUUGGGUGUGUUCUCAUGAAAGAAUUUCUUGAAGAACUUUCAAAAGUGAUCACCAAAAAUACUGCGGCUUUUGAUAAUUAUCAACGGAUACAUGUUCCGGAUGGUGAACCGGUCCCGGGUGAGCCCACUGACCCAUUGAGGGUCAAUAUAUUGUUCCAACAUAUACAAAAAAUGUUGACCUCUGACACUGCGGUGCUUGCUGAGACUGGGGAUUCGUGGUUUAACUGUCAGAAAUUGAAGUUGCCAGAUGGAUGUGGGUAUGAAUUCCAAAUGCAGUAUGGUUCGAUCGGGUGGUCUGUUGGUGCGCUUCUUGGUUAUGCUCAGUCUAUACCGGAUAAACGGGUCAUUGCUUGCAUCGGUGAUGGUAGUUUCCAGGUAACAGCACAAGACGUGACAACAAUGAUACGACAGGAGCAAAAGAGCGUAAUAUUUUUGGUUAACAAUGGAGGCUACACCAUAGAAGUUGAGAUUCAUGAUGGACCUUAUAAUAUCAUUAAGAACUGGAACUAUACUGGAGUUGUGGAAGCCUUUAACAAUGAUGAUGGCAAGUUGUGGACUGCAAAGGUGAAAAAUGAAGAGGAGCUGAUAGAAGCAAUAGCAACAGCAACAGGGGAGAAAGAGGAUCAUUUGUGCUUUAUUGAAGUGUUUGUUCAUAAGGAUGAUACCAGCAAAGAGCUUCUGGAAUGGGGUUCUAGAGUCUGCGCUGCUAAUAGCCGCCCACCAAAUCCUCAGUGAUUUUCUUAUCUUAUUAAUUAUUAUCGUAUAAGUUAUGAAUUUUGGUUUUGUUUUGUUGGAGGGCUUUUUAUUGUUUUUGCUUUAGAGGAGUGAGAUAGUUUUUAAUGUAGUAAUGGGGCUAAAUUUGAGGAUAUUCCGGCUAUAUUGGUCAAACAAUGGGUGUUAUUGACAAUAAAUAUAAUAUAGUCUAUAUAUUGAGG